CGCCGGGUUGCACGGGGUUCGGACUUAAAAAUGCAGGCCUGCGCCGCUUACUGCAUCGGCAGCGCGUGCAUGACCGCCACGUGCUCGUGCUGCGGCUCGUUGGGCAAGGCGGUCAGCUCCAUCUCCGCGCGCGCCGUGUACACGGUGAUCUUCGGCCUGGGAAUGGGCAUAGCGGUCGUCAUGCGGGACUACGCAAAGCCCAUGAUGAUGGAGAUCCCGUGGAUAGGGGUUGUGCCCGGCAUGCAACCCAGCGACGAGUGGUUCGGGCAGAGCGCCGUGUACCGCGUCUCCCUCGGCAACUUCAUGUUCUUCGGCGGCCUCAGCGCGAUGCUCGUCGACUGCAAGACCAGAUCCGACCCGAGGGACCGGCACAUACACCACGGCUCCUGGACCCUCAAGCUCGCCGCGUGGGCGCUCUGCGUCAUCGUCCCCUUCCUCCUCCCCGACGGGUUCAUCGACGCGUACGCGUGGCUCGCCAGGCUCGGCAGCGGCGUCUUCCUCGUCGUCCAGAUGGUCAUCCUCCUCGAUUUCGCCUUUCUCUGGAACGAAACCUGGGUGGCGCGAGAGCACGUCGGGUGGGUCGUCGGACUCCUCGUUUCAACCAUAGCGCUGUACGCCGGAAGCAUCACACUCGUCGUGUUCAUGUACCAGUGGUACGCGCCCAAGGGAUUGGACUGCGGACGCAACGCGUGGCUCAUAACCACGUCGCUCGUGCCGUGCGUGUUCUUCUCCGCGCUGUCCACGCACCCAAUCGCCAAAGAGGGAUCGCUGCUGCCAUCCGCGGUGGUGACGUCGUACUGCGUCUACCUGUGCUACUCCGCGCUCGCGUCGGAGCCCACGGAGUACAGGUGUAACCCGAGAGGCGCGUACGCCGGGGACGGGAAGGCGUCGGAGGUUGCCAGCACGGUGUUGACGCUCGCGUCCGUCGCGUACAGCGCGGUGAGAGCCGGGAGCAGCGACUUUUUCGGAGGGGUCAACCUCGGCGACGGCGACGGGGACUACGCGGCGCUCUCCGGCGCCGAGAUGGGCGGCGGGACGGAUGCCGACGCCGGUGAUGCGGACAGCGAAGACGACGUCGGCGGCGCGGCGUCCUACCCGAGCGGUCCGGUGAGCUACAGCUACUCGUUUUUUCACUUCAUCUUUGCGCUGGCGUCGAUGUUUUUGGCGAUGCUGAUGACGGGGUGGGGGCGGGACGACUACAAGGGGGCGGAGAGGGUGGACGUCGGGUGGGCGAGCGUGUGGGUGAAAAUGUGCAGCGUGUGGGUGACCGCGGGUUUGUACACGUGGAGCCUCAUCGCCCCGGCGCUCUUCCCGGACAGGGAGUUCAUGUAGGCGAUACCGGCGCCUUUGUAAAAUACAUCACAGAAAUC